UAUACACGUAAUUUCAACCACCCAGUUAUUUAAGACACAAAAUGGAGGAGGAUCGUUUGAUUGAGCAGGCUAAAAUAGAACAUGUUACACCUUUAAGGGACCUGAAGGAGCUCAUCCAGACAGCGGCCGAUGCCAGCAAUCCAGAGCUUCAACUGACCGCCGUCCAGGAAAUUCGCACUCUACUCUCGUCAAAGAAUCCUCCCAUCAAUGACCUCAUCCAAAACGGCAUUCUGCCCAUCCUGGUCGAGAGUCUCAAGGAAAAAUACGAUAGAAACCUACAGUUUGAGGCCAUCUGGGCCUUGGUCAGCAUUUGCAGUGGAAACUCGGAACAGACGACUCAGGUCGUGGCCGCUGGUGCAGUGCCAUAUUUUCUGAAAUUUCUUGAAUCUCCCAAUCUGGAAAUCUGGGAACCGACCCUUUAUUCUUUGGCCAACAUAAUAGGCGAUGGUCCUUUACUGCGGGACUUUCUCAUCAGAUUGGGUGUGGUUCAGUCGCUGCUCUCUUUUAUUCAGUGGGAUAUGUCCCCCCAGAUUCUAUGCAAUGUGAUCCUGGUAAUUGGCAAUCUGUGCCGGCACUACGAUCCACCGAUCGCGAGAGAAACUGUCCUGCAGAUCCUGCCGGCACUCGAGGUGCUGAUCAGUCACGAGGACAUGGAGAUCCUUAAGUGGACUCUUUGGGUCAUUAGUUUUCUAGCUGGCGGUUGGCAGGAACACAUUCAAAUGGUAGUUGAAAGUGAAAUGCUGCCGAAAGUGAUAUCACUAAUGGGCCAUGAAAAAGUCAAAGUUCAAAAUGCUGCAUUGCGGGCAGUGAGAAAAAUAAUGUCCGGAACAGAUGAGCAGUGUCAGUUAGUUUUGAAUCACAAUCCACUUUCCCAUUUCACAUCAGUGGUAUUUUUUGCCGAUAAGAAGAUCCACAGGGAGCAGGUGAAGUUCCUCUGGCGAGUCACCUCUCGCAAUCACCUUUGGGUUCAAGCCAUUAUCAACGAGGGAUUGCUGGCCAAGAUUAUAGAGAUUUUAAAGAACGGUGGACUGCAGGAGAGAGCGGUGGCUGCCAGGGCCAUAAGUAAUCUGACCAUGCGCUGCAAUGAGGAUCAGCUGCUAAUUUUGGUCCUAGAGGAUGUCCUUCGGCCGUUCUGUGAUCUUCUCACCUGCCAAUUUGAGGAAAUUACAAAGACAGUGCUAAGUGGCCUAAGCAAUAUGCUUAAAGUAUCGAAUGCCCAUGCCGAUGAGUUAACGAAAGCCAUUUACGAGUGCGGAGGUUUGGCUAAAAUUGAAAGGCUGCAGACUCACGAAAGUGUGGAAAUUUACCAACAAGCCCAGCAACUAAUCGAUCUUUACUUUAGCGAUAGUACAGUUUAAUAUGUAAAUUGUUUAAAUUUCUACUCGAGACCUUUUGAAUAAAUAAAAAACAAGCAAAAUAAAA